UUUCCCACCGACGAAUUUCACAUGAUUAUGCUUCGUUCUUAAUUCUUCACUCCAAACCAACUCAAACUUAACUACCACACUCUCUCGCUCUUUCUCUAUCCUAUCUGGUGAGCAGAUCUCUUCGUCUAAAUAUAACUUCCCACCUUAAACUUCAAUCUUAAGCAAUACCCGUCUUCUAACCUCCCACCAAAUUUCAAUUUACAUUCUCUGCAAUCAAAUUCAGUAAACCCAGUAACAGUUUUCCAUUGCUCGAGCUAAUUCUGCAACUGGGUAUGUUUAAUUCCGCGAAAGGUCGUUGAAUUUCUGUGAAAAAUUGAUAUAAAAAAGCACCGAUGAAAGAACUGGGUAGAGAGGGUGUUUCUUCAGAUGAUGAGGAAGGGGAUCGCCGGAAUUUGAUCCCUCAAAACGACGCCGUCAAACCCACCUCAAAUUCUCACUCCUUUUCCCCUUUUCACAUUGACGACACCGGUUUCGUGUCUUCGAUACGGCGGCGUUUUAAGAUGAACAAGAAAAGGUACCUUUUGGUGAUCUCAAUUAUUUUGUUAGUUGUAUUUCUUUAUUUUUCAUUAGGUUUUCAUAAUUCAAGUGUUUGGGAUGUUAAAUUGAUUAAGUCCCCUUCUGAUCGAAUGAGGGAAUCGGAAUUAAGGGCUUUGUAUCUUUUGAAAGAGCAGCAAUUAGGUUUAAUUUCUUUGUUGAAUCGUACAUUGGGAACUGGAUUGAAUCAUAGUUCAAGUAUUCAUGGUAAUGAUAAUAAUAAUAAUAAUAAUAAUAAUAAUAAUAAUGUUUCUGGGUAUUUGAAUUUGAGUGAAAUGCCUGUUGAGAAUUCUGUUUUUGAGGACUUGAAAUCUAGAAUUUUUGAUGGGAUUAUGUUGAAUAAGGAAAUCCAAAAGGUGUUGUUGUCAACACACAAAAAUGGGAAUGUUUCCGAAUUGGGUGUUGGAAAUGAUGAUUUGGUCGAGGGAGGUGUUAAUAUUUGUGGGAAGGUGGAUCAGAAGUUAUCUCAGAGGAAAACUAUUGAGUGGAAUCCAAGGUCGGAUAAGUACUUGUUUGCUAUUUGUUUGUCUGGGCAGAUGUCGAACCAUUUGAUUUGCCUGGAGAAGCAUAUGUUCUUUGCAGCGCUUUUGGACCGGAUUUUGGUUAUUCCGAGCCAUAAGGUGGAUUACGAGUUUAACCGGGUGUUGGAUAUUGAGCAUAUAAAUAAGUGUGUUGGGAAGAAGGCUGUUGUCACGUUUGAAGAGUUUUUGGAGGCGAAAAAGAAGGAUUUACGUAUUGAUAGGUUCAUUUGCUACUUCUCGCAGCCUGCAAAGUGUUAUAUUGAUGAAGACCAUGUGAAGAAGUUGAAAUCUUUGGGGUUAUCUGUUCCUAAGCUUGAGUCACCAUGGGAGGAAGAUGUAAAGAACCCAAAGAAAAGAACAGUCGAGGAUGUCAAAACCAAGUUUAGUUCUGAUGAAGGGGUUAUUGCAAUUGGAGAUGUGUUCUUUUCUGAUGUGGAAAAGGACUGGGUGAUGCAGCCAGGAGGUCCGAUUGCUCACAAAUGCAGAACUUUGAUUGAACCCAGCCGACUCAUAAUGAUCACUGCCCAACGCUUUGUCCAAACCUUUCUAGGGAAGGACUUUGUGGCCCUUCAUUUCCGGAGGCAUGGCUGGUUAAAGUUUUGUAAUGCGAAGAAUCCAAGUUGCUUUUUUUCUAUUCCUCAAGCUGCAAGCUGCGUUGCACGGGUGGUAGCAAGGGCCAAUACACCGGUCAUAUAUCUAUCCACAGAUGCAGCUGAUAGUGAAACAGGAUUGCUUCAGUCUCUUGUUGUUAUUGAUGGUAAGACUGUACCUCUUGUUCAGCGGCCAGCUCGGAAUGGAGCUGAAAAAUGGGAUGCUCUGCUGUAUAGACAUGGUCUUGCAGAUGAUUCCCAGGUGGAAGCCAUGCUGGAUAAAACAAUAUGUGCGAUGUCAAGCGUGUUCAUUGGAACCUCGGGAUCUACUUUCACUGAAGAUAUACUGCGGCUAAGAAAGGGCUGGGGGACAUUAUCAGUUUGUGACGAGUACAUUUGCCAAGGUGAAGCUCCGAAUUUCAUAGCAGAGGAUGAAUGAAUUUGGAACCAGUUUGCUUAGGAGUUAUUAGUUAGUACGAUUAGGAUGUUGGUUUUGUGAAGGCAUUUAAUUGCAAGUGGUAUAUGAUAAAAUAGUGUCAUCUGUAAAAAAAUAACACAUUGAGAUUUUCUUCCUAGGAUUAUUUUUUUUAAAUCAUUCCCCUGAAAUCAGUAUUACUCCCUCUGAUUCUUUUAGUUAUGUUCAUUUAAUUUUUUUUUUGUUACCAUUAUUUUGUAAUAGAAGUUGUAAGUUUUGACAAGGUAUUGAAAUACUUGUAUAAUUUUACAAGUUUGAGCCGAUCUCGAA